CCACUUGUUCCAAGACGCUCGGCCUGAGUGACACUGGAGCUGAGGUCGCCCCUCCUGGGGGGGGUAUAAAAAGCUGGACCCAGUGACAUUCGGUCCUUUUUUUGCGUCCACCAGAGAGAUCCAGUCUCGACAGCCACAGUAAAGUCCAACCAUGGGAAAGGAGAAGAUCCACAUCAACAUCGUGGUCAUCGGCCAUGUCGACUCCGGCAAGUCCACCACCACCGGUCACCUGAUCUACAAGUGCGGCGGCAUCGACAAGAGAACCAUCGAGAAGUUCGAGAAAGAAGCCGCUGAGAUGGGCAAGGGCUCCUUCAAGUACGCCUGGGUGCUGGACAAACUGAAGGCCGAGCGUGAGCGUGGUAUCACCAUCGACAUCGCUCUGUGGAAGUUCGAAACCGCCAAGUACUACGUGACCAUCAUUGAUGCUCCCGGUCACAGGGAUUUCAUCAAGAACAUGAUCACCGGUACAUCUCAGGCCGACUGUGCUGUGCUGAUCGUUGCUGCUGGUGUUGGCGAGUUUGAGGCUGGUAUCUCCAAGAACGGCCAGACCCGCGAGCACGCCCUGCUGGCCUUCACCCUGGGCGUGAAGCAGCUCAUCGUUGGUGUCAACAAGAUGGACUCCACUGAACCACCCUACAGCCAGAAGCGUUACGAGGAAAUCACCAAGGAGGUGUCCGCCUACAUCAAGAAGAUCGGCUACAAUCCUGCCACCGUCGCCUUCGUGCCCAUCUCUGGGUGGCACGGAGACAACAUGCUGGAGGCCAGUGAUAAGAUGGGAUGGUUCAAGGGCUGGAAGAUCGAGCGCAAGGAGGGCGGCGCCACUGGCACCACCCUGCUGGAGGCCCUGGACUCCAUCUUGCCUCCGACCCGUCCCACCGACAAGCCCCUCCGUCUCCCCCUGCAGGACGUCUACAAGAUUGGCGGUAUCGGAACUGUGCCCGUGGGUCGUGUUGAGACCGGUAUCCUGAAGCCAGGCAUGGUCGUCACCUUCGCUCCCCCCAACCUGACCACUGAGGUCAAGUCUGUGGAGAUGCACCACGAGUCUUUGUCUGAGGCUCUUCCUGGAGACAACGUGGGCUUCAACGUCAAGAACGUCUCUGUCAAGGAGAUCCGUCGUGGCAACGUGGCCGGUGACAGCAAGAACGACCCCCCGCUGGCUGCUGAGAACUUCACCGCCCAGGUCAUCAUCCUGAACCACCCAGGCCAGAUUUCCCAAGGCUAUGCCCCGGUGCUGGACUGCCACACAGCUCACAUCGCCUGCAAGUUCAGCGAGCUGAAGGAGAAAAUCGAUCGCCGUUCCGGCAAGAAGCUUGAGGACAACCCCAAGGCUUUGAAGUCUGGAGAUGCUGCCAUCAUCACCAUGGUGCCUGGGAAACCACUGUGUGUGGAGAGCUUCUCCCAGUACCCUCCACUUGGUCGCUUCGCCGUGCGCGACAUGAGGCAGACCGUGGCGGUCGGCGUCAUCAAGACGGUGGAGAAGAAGGCCGCCACCAGCGGCAAGGUGACCAAGUCUGCUCAGAAGGCCGAGAAGAAGAAGUGAAUGGCCAUGCAGGACGACAAGUGCCUGUCGCUGCAAAGCCCUGUUGGCUGCGACGUGUCGCUGCGCUCAGCACCGUCCUCGCUCAGGCAGCGCUCUCUACUCAAGGACUGGCUUAGGCUGAUUAGAACCCACCGCAAAAGUUUUCGCAGGAAAGAAAGGCUUGUCCUCAUCUGACUGUGAUUGUAAAAAAGAAAUAAUAAAAAUGUUGUUGAGGAA